GUCCAACUUAAUAGUGCAAUAAUGCAGCCCUUUUUCGAUACAAUCCAAUGGUCAGCUGUCAUGUUUCCCCUCCCCAAUCUCAUCUCACACGUUGAUUACAAAGAGAAAUACUUUGAAAUUCAAUCGAGCGUGUAGCUGAAAUGAUUUGAAACGAAAUAGUAUAUGGAACACGGUUAAUGAAUUGGAUUAAAAUUCAUUCCAAAAUCGGUCUCCUUUUAAAAGGGUUUCCACUUGAGCGAUAAGACUUCACCAAUAAGAACAUGCGAUUUCAGAUAGCCAAUCUCGAUUUCAUUUGCGAUAAGUAUACACUCGGUUUAAAUGUAUUAUAACCUACGCCCGCUAGGAGGCAAUAUGACUAAAGUGGCAGUUCUUUCCGACUCUGUCCGGCAGUCUUCCGCAUCCGGCCCAGCAUAUUGUCUUCACCAAGACCAUCAUUAAAACCGUUUUCUGCUAUUUUCAGAACUUGUUCUCUACUGUAUCGAUCCGCAAUGAGUCUUAAAUUGGCUAUCUUCUUCAGCAUCGUUGCUUGUAUCAACGCUUGCCCCGAAGAGCCAAUCGCUACAGAAAAUCCAACACAUUCGGAAGAGGGCAGCUGCAAUCUCCGCAUCUCUCACGGUGAGAGCAUCGCGCAAAAUACUUUGGGAUCGAUCGUGCAGGAACGACAACCUUGUUCCGCGGACAUCACACCGCCACAUCGGGGCUUAUCGCAAGUUCCAGAAAAUGUUGGCGAAAAAGGUUGGCUGUAUCAGAUCCACGAUGUCCAAAGAAGUUGGCGAAACCUCAGAAACGAUCGCUAUUCAAUUGUUUCCUCUAUCCUCGUCAGGCUUUUCAAAGAGAACGAUCGCGCUCAGACGUUCUUUUCCAAAUUCGCUAAUGUUCCCGUCGAGUCUCUGAAAGACGAUCACGAAUAUAAUAAACAAGUUGCUCUUGUCGCCGAUCGCCUAGACAACAUCAUCACAGCCAUGGACGAUAAGGUGCAACUUUUGGAUAACAUUGAUUACAUGAAACGCAGCCAUAUUGAACGCGGAAUUCCUCGCGGACCUUGGAAAGACUUUAGUCGGAUUCUGUUUGAUGUCCUCGGCUCUGCGGGCAUGUCUUCAAAAGAGUUGAAUUCGUGGAAGAGCGUUUUAACUGUUUUCAUAAACGGAAUCGCGCCCGUGUGAAUUAAGUUCUUGACUUUCGAAAACACUUUUAUGUUUUUUAAAUUUUAAAUGGUCGGCUUUUACGAUGUUUAGACGAGGUCAAAAGAAUAAAAUAGAUGGCUUACCUUUCA